AAACACCGUCGACGAGGCAGACAUUAUCCAUCAUGUAAGAUUAGGCAAUGGACAAUACCAUGAUGCAUUGAUUGGGGUGAUUAUGAAUUGUCGUCCUAUGGUCAACAAGAAAGUGUAUCCCAGAGGCGGAGGCGGACGCGUUCAACGUGGAGGUGGCGAGAAAAGGAAUAAGCCAAGAGCAGUAAUAACGAGGGUUAAGAGCACAUAUAAGUACAACCCUCAGUCUGACGAAGCCAAGGAGUUCUGGACGUUAUACGAUAGCAAUCCCCAAUUCCACAACAUCGAUAGGCAAAUCUUGAUUAAUGCGCUUGAGUUUUUCGAAGGGGAAGUAUACAAGGCAGUUGCAUUGGCCACUGAGUUAAUCAGCCAUCCACAGUAUAAUCGUAAACCGAAGAUUACGUCAUCAGCGCGUCAUCAACGGCAAAGCAACGACCCGUAUUUGGCCGUGUCCCAGAAAUUCACCAACUACCAAAGGGUCAAAGCUGAAGCUACCACCUCGGAAAAAGACCAGUUUAGAAAGUAUCUCGAAAGCAGUGUGGUUGAUUUGCACAUGCUUAGACUUACGCAGGCCAUGACGCUCACCAAAAUGGUGUUGAAUCAUUGGUGGGAAGAGGAAAUGAGGUAUCGGGAGCAAGACGGGAACCUUGGCAGGUUUGGGCAUUUGGCGGGGACUGGAGCGGUCACGUUGAUUACGGGGAGGGGUAUACAUUCUGUCGGAGGUGUUUCUGUCAUUAGACGAUUUGUUAAACAGUAUUUGACCAAGAAUGAUUACGUUUUCGAGGAGCAUCUGGGGAAGUUCGAGGUUAAGGGGAAGAGAGGAACACAUAGAUAGACACUCGGUGCCGGGGAGCGGAAUCAGACUGAAGCAGACUGAAGCAGAUUGAAUCAGAUUGAAUCAGAUAGUAGUGCCACUGCAAGUGUGAUUGAUUGCCGGUUCGGACACUACGCUGCACACCCUGCAAGUAAGUACAGUGCAAGUGGUGAAACUGUGCUACUGUUUAACAAAGGAAUUUCCGAGACAGGUGAAACAGAGCGUGAUUUUAUGCAAGACUAAGAGAUAGUAAUAGUAGUAAUAGUAGUAAUAGUAGUACAAAGUAAUGACAAAAAAAUAAGCU